GGGAGGGAGGCAGGGAGGGAUGCAGGAAGGACAGAGCGACCGAUGUGAUGUGCUGAGAUGCGAGACUUUUUCUGAGAUGUUGGAUCCCCAACAAAUAAAAACAAGAAAUAUUUUCAGUGCGUAAAUCUCACGCAGGUAACGUUUUGAUAACGUUUACAUUAAUCUGCCGCACACAGGCGCGUGACGGAGCCACAUUUACUAAUAGCGGUGUUUUAAGGUGAUGUGAUUGUGAUUUCAAAGCAGUGCAAAACUCAGAAAAACGGAGAUCGUGCCUAGGGUGAUGUAAAGACUUCACUAAUCUGUAUUAAAAUCUGCAUGCAUUGGGCUGUCAAAUUCCGUGACGUCGCAAUAAUUGUGUGUGUUUAAUGCCUUUGGAUGGGCAGGUUAUAUGUGUUUAUAACGUGUUUCUGAAGCUUCUGGUGUGCUUUUCUAAUUACUCAAAAGCUGAUUAAAAACACAAGGAACAUCCCUUUAUUGUUGUGGGGAGAUCAUCCACUGAGAAAAGCUGACAGAUAGGUAAAAUAAAAUAAAAAGGUUAUGAUCAUAAAUACGUUUGUCCAGGACAAUGACGUGAAGAAGGGUUAAAACUCCACUUCAUCCUCUAAGAGUAUGUUUAAAGCUUUGAUUGGACUUUGCACCCUUCAUCUCACAACUAUCUUUUUACUUUUUUGGGCUACUAUUGAUGAUGCUUGGUGGUUUACAAGCACCAUGUACACAGACCUAUGGGGGAGAUGGGUAAUGGAGAGAAAUGAUGAUGUCUGGGUAUAUAUGGACAUACCAACAUCUUACAGAAAAGAUUACUUGCAGGCAGUGCAGGCCUUUGCAGUAUUGGCCUGUCUCUUUUCAGUCAUCUCCCUUUGUGUUUUCUUAUUUCAACUCUUUAUGCUGGUGAAAGGAAAGAGGUUUACAAUCGCUGGAGUUCUGCAGCUUAUGUCAUGCUUCUGUAUUACGGUCGCCCUGUCAGUCUACACGGAUCAUUUCCACAGAGAAGAGAAAGAUGGCUGGUAUGGCUGGUCAUAUAUAAUGGCUUGGUUUGGCUGGCUGCUCACGCUAAUCAACGGUACCAUCUAUGUAAUCCUGCGCAAGAAGGUGGAUUAAAUCGGGAAACUGUGUAAAGUGAAAAAAUAAAGCUAGUAAGGGCUAGUUUGCAAGAGUGAUCAUGCUGAUAGAUUCUUGUGAUUGUCACUUGCUGAUAGUCUAAUUAUCCAUUUGGAAUAGGAAUUUCUUUUGGUGUAUUUCCAGACUAUAAAGCUUUUUACCUGAGAAUUUGAAUUGCCAGAAAAGAUAAAGUUCAGGAAAAACAUUACUUGAAGCCUUGAUGUACUUGAGAUCUUCAGAUUUCCAAAUUAUCAAACUGUUAUAUUAUAUUGUAUAUAAAUUAUGGGUCACUGUACCAUGAACACUAUGCCCAUGUGCUAUACUGGAUAAAAUUAAGUUCUUUAGAAUUAAAAUGGAUUUUUUUUUAAAGAUUAGGCAAUUCAAGGCUUUAAUGGUCUGCUACUAUAAUGAUAGACUAAAAGUGAACUGAUUAUACAGAUUUUUCAGUCAUUGAAAUUAAUUCUGUGUGUAAUUAGGCUGACACAUGCACAUAAUUAACUUUGGCACACAGUUAAGUAUCAAAUACUUGACAUUGUUAAUCUGAUCUCUUCGUUUCUUGAUGCCCGCCACAUAUAGUGUGCUUUUUUGGGAGCGUGAUGAAGAUGCAGGAAUUUAAUAUGAAGUUCAUGGAAAAAAUGAAAAUUUAUUCUAUACAUAAGUCACAGGUGUGUAAAUAUAUAUAUUGCAAAGUAAAUAAUAUAUAGACAGACGCUGUAAAAUUAUAGUUUUGAACGAAUACUGAUAAAAAAACAUUUUGAAGAACAUUUGUUCAGUGCUACUUAUUUGUAUCACUUGUAAGUCCAUAUCAUAUUUAGAUUUUGUCCCAGCAUUUUACUUUUUACAUUUUUUUAAUGUAUUAUGCUUUCUUCUAUCUGCCAACAUACCACAGUAUACUGCACAAGUCUGGAAUCACGACCAACAGAAUUAGAAAAUUCACCUAUCUCCAUUUAUUGUCUGGUGCUGUAACAUUUUCUAUUUUAACUAGUAAAUGCAGUAAACAUAUCUGCAUUCAUCAAACCCUACAGAGGAAAACAUGUCAUCCCAAAUUAUAAAGGACUUGUGCUUUUACUGGUGUGGCUGUUACAUAUUAAGAGAACUGAUGUUAUGAAAACCUAUUAAACGUUCAUGUUAUUAUGCAGUAAAUCCUGACUAUUUGAAUGAUGGAAGGUUGCACCAUCCAGUUGGUUUAUAAGAAAUAAUUUCGAGGUUGUUAAUAUUUAAGGAAGAAUUACAAUAAUACUCAGUGAUGCUCCUGGAAAGCGGUUAAAGUAGUACAAUUAAAUUAGAUGAGUCAUGGAUGAACGUGUCUGGGAUCAGAAGUGUACAUUAUUGUUUAUCACAGGUCAUGUGGAAAAGGUUUGAUGAUGUAGAAAAUGUAAAUA